AUGGGAGGGGGGGGAGGCUUCAUCCCACCAUCAGCACAUCUUCCAUCCCCGACACCCACCACAUCCACCGCAACCCCAUCGCUUCUCCCCAAACCACGAGCCCACCCUUUGCGGCCGGGUUCCGCCAAAGAAGCCACGGUCCUGGAGUAUAUCGACAAGAAGCUUCUGUCCAUCAACCGCCGGCAUGCUAAGAAGUUCAGCGGGGCUCUGAUUGGUGAUAACAACAACAGCAGCAAUAGCAACAGCAAUGGCAGCAACAGCCAGCGCAUAGCACCGGUGGCUGAGUCGGAAAGGGGCUACGAGAGCUUCAAGGAAGUAGCGAAAGACUUUGAGAGUUUGGUGGAUGUUUUGUGGGUCAGUGGGACUCCUUCAUUACAGAUACCCUACCUGAUCUCGUUGGCCGUCCAGGUCAACUCUUAUCUACCGGAUUAUUCAUUCUCGGCGAAGGCGACGUUCCGGUUGCUGCGGAAGCUGGACUCCGUCUUUGCGUCGCUCCUGCUGGGGGAGGAUGUGGACUCCGGGGCGUCGUUGCCGGGGUUUGAGGCACGGACGAACGUAGUCUCGAUGACGGAGAAGGUGCGUAUUAAGAGUAUUGCGGAGACCUGUCGGGUUGUGGUUGUGGAGGCGAGGGAGCAGGAGGAUCUUGGCGAUGAUGAUGAUGAUGAUGAUGAUGAUGAUGAUGAUGGUGAUGAUGGUGGUGGUGAGAGGAAUGGGUUUGGGGAUAGUAGUGAGAACGAUGAUGAGGAUGAGUUGAUGGAUGAUGCGUUGGGGAUGGAUGAGUAUCCGAUUCCCGGUAGGUGGGAGAUGGAAACGGCCAAGGUGUACGAGAAGACGAUCCAAUUGCUUGGGGAUGAGUUGGGGCAGGCCGAUCCUGGGGAGUUCUGCGAUACUGAUAUGGCUGCUGGGGAGGAAGCCGGCCAAUGCGAUGGAUCACUCACUGUCUGGUGA